GCGAACGCGAACAGCUUUAACCACAAAACUUCUCUGCCGCUAACCGUGGCGCAGUUGUGGCGUGGGGAUACUGCAGCUGCCCAAUCGACCCUCGAUCGGUUGCUGUAACGAAGAUAAUCGAGUGAACUGAUCAAAUAUGGCAAGAGACAAGCAAGUAGCUAAGGGCGGACGUGCCCCUCCCAAGGCCAAGCGUGGCGGCCGUGGUGGCUCCAAGUUCUCUCGUGACGCCGGAGAGUUUGACUCUCUCCCCUCAGGUUACGCAGUUUCUACUCCCGAGAAGUGGUCCUCGUCCAACCGCCGCCGCAACGACGAUUCUGACAGUGAGGAUGACGAUUCCGAGGAGGGCUCUAAGAAAGGAUCUGGAUCUGACGAGGAGUCAUCUUCUGAGGAGGAGAGCGGUUCCGACGAUGAGUCUGGCUCCGACGAUGAGGAGGCUGCACGAGAGGCCAUGCGCAAGAUGCAACUUGCAGAGCAAAAGAAGGCCAGUGCCGCCCCGGUCAUCCAGGUUGCGAACCCAAAUCGCAACCAAAAGGCGGCGAUGAAGAUCAGUGAUAUGGAGGCUCCGCGCGAGUUGUCCCGUCGUGAGCGUGAAGCCAAGGAGGCGGCUGAGAAGCAGGCGAGAUACUGGAAGUUGCACCUCGAGGGAAAGACCGACCAAGCAAAGGCGGAUCUGGCACGGUUGGCCAAGAUUAAGGCGGAGCGUGAGGCGAAGGCGAAGCAGAGGCUGGCCGAGAAGGAGGCCACGGAGUCCGUACAGAAGUCUGCAUUGAAGGCACAGAAGGAGAGGGACGCUAAGAGGAAGUAGUUUAACGGUUCUACGAUUAUAUGGAUUUACUGUGGUGUUGCCCUGACAUUUGGAUGAACCAGCAC